AGCGUUAUUCUUCAGAUAACACAAUUACAGCAAGGAGCACGCGACCACGCACAAAUGCCAAUGACGUCUGCAACAGGAGUGUUGCGUUGGCAGCGCCUGCUGCCUGAAAGAAAAAAAUGACCAAAGAUGACAAACAUGUCCAAAACCCUGUCAAAACGGCAAAAAAUCUCUGAAAACUACGAGGACGCCGACGCAUCACAGAACUGAUAAUACUGUGCCCAUUAAACAGAUUUAAAGACGCUUUUUUGGAGGUUGCACGCAUACAUUGUUCUUUUAAAAAACACUUGAAUGUGCGCCUCUGUUUAUAAAUAUUAUAAAUAUUAACAAGUAUACAGAUCACUGGGUAUUUUUUCUAUUAGUUAAAUGUUAUGUAACUUUGGUUGAUGUUUUCACAUGUUGCAUGAACGUACAGUAGGCUAGCCCAUAUCAGUUUGUCAUGAAGAAUGUUUGUUAAUGGCUUUCUAAUGGAAAUUGUUGUAAAGGAUUACAUUAGUCAUUAAUGCACGCAAUGACUCUGUGCUCUUGCAUGUGAGAAAGUUUGAUCGUAUCUGUGUCCUGAAUUUCUCGGGCGACUACGCAAUUUCCGUGUGUGGGAGAGAUGCUCGACGGGUCCCACAGUCUGUUAGCUCGUUACAGAGGUGCGUAAGCAAACAUGCGUGACAGUGUCUAAAGAAAGAGGAACCAGACUCGUUCGAGUUAACAGAUUUUGUACUUUGCUGUUGUUCUGUGCGGGAAGAAUCGGAUUUAAAGUCUCGGUGCGGGCAUAAGGGCGCGGAGAAGCGCACACAGGUGAAAGAGACGCUGGUGGCUUCAAACUCAACAUUUCCCGGCCGGCGUUGUGUAAAAUGACACAGUCGAAAUCUCCUAUGUUUGAAACAAUCUUUGUGAAGAUGACUAGUUUAAAGGCGUUUUCCGAGCCAUUUGGAAGAGUGGCGUCUGAACCGGUGGAGGACACUGACCCCAGCAGCUUUGUUACAGAGAUGUCUUUGAGGUCGAAUUACCCUGUUCAGGUCACUGAUCCACAAGAUCCUGUGACCUUACAGCUCCGCUCUGUUCCUCCUGGUUACCUGACUCCACCUGCAGACAGGAUACAACAUCCUGUGGAAAAUGAUGGGAGUGAAUUUAUUCCAUCAGCUUCUGUUUCAUCAGACUUCACUAAAGAUCAUAGAUCCUGUAAGGAGUGUUCUCGUUCCGCCCCUCCGCCCAAAAUCAGUGACCUGAUGAACGACGAAGAUCUUCUGUACACCCUGCGCUUGAAGUUAGACCCGACUCACUGCACUGUCAAAAACUGGAAGAACUUUGCAAGCCGUUGGGGGAUGAGCUACGACGAACUUGCGCUUCUCGAGCAGCGCACACACGGGUCCACCUAUCAAAGUCCCACGCAGGAGUUCCUGCUGCGCUACAACCAGAAAUCCGUCACGGAGCUCACAGAACUCUGCCAGCUCUACCAGCGCAUCGACGUGCUCCGGUUGCUCCAGAAAUGGAUAGAGAACGACUGGCCGUCGCGCUGGCAGAAGGCACAUUAGGUGGGGCUUAGUGAGAACAGCAGACAAGACUUCAGCGAAGAGACGUGUUUGUAGAAUCGAAAAUGAUUGACUUAUUAUUGACAAUGAGUCAGAACACACACUAACUGAUGAGUGGUUGUGCAGAAUGAGUCGACGGGGUUGUAAACUGGACAUUUGUUUAAACACCAUUGCAAGUGGCUUUAUCACUUCCAGGGUAUUCAGAAAACAGACUUGAUGACUUUGAACUUGGAAAAGAGGAUUAGAGUUACUUCAGUCAUCUAUUGUAUGGAGAGGUUACGGCGAACACAGAAAGAAAUACACAGUAGAGAGAAUUAAUGGGUGCAUUUAUAGUAACUAUGCUGAGGUUGGUUUAUGUGCCAGACCUGCUUUCGGAAAUACCCCCAUGAUAUCUGGAUAUACCAAAGAUUGCAUUUUAGAUAAGUUGUGUCUUUGAAAUAUUGAUUUUACGUAUGCGGUGAUCAACAAAAAUCUGACCCUGGACCACAAAUCCAGUCUUAAAUACAUUGUAUGGGUCAAAAUGAUGUAGUUUAUUUAUUUUAAUUUUAUGCCAAAAAUCAUUAGGAUAUUAAAUAAAGAUCAUGUUCCAUAAAGAUAUUUUGUAAAUUUUUCGCCAUAAAUAUAUCAAAACUUUAUUCUGUGGGUGCAUGAAUAUGCUAAUGACUUCAUUUGGACAACUUUAAAAGCGAUUUUCUCUUUUGAUUUUUUUUUUUUGUCACCCCCAGAUUCCAUUGUAUCUCGGCCAAAUAUUGUUCUAUUCUAACAGGCUAUACAUCAAUAGAAAGCUUAUUUAUUCAGCUUUUAGAUCAUAUAGGGAUCAUUAUCAAUUUAAAAAUAAUUACCCUUAUGACUGGUUUUGUGGUCCAGGGUCACAUAUAUGCAGUGAUUUAAAGGCACAUGAGAAGGAAAUGAGGAAAGACCACCCAAGUGUGACUACAAAUAUAGAGUCUGAGUGGAAAUUGUUUCUCGGUAUAUAUAUAUAUGAUUUCAUAUAUAUAUGAAAUUGUAUUUAAUUUAUUUCUUAAACACAGAGUCAUCUUUACUCCUAACAUCAUUGGUUGUCUUUUAGAAAGUGUUAGUCACAUUUUGUGGUAAUUGCAUUGCUAUACUAAAGUUUUAAGACGGUUUCUCACCUGUACAUCUUGUGAAUGAAUCACGAAGAAAGUCAGAUUCUUAGUAUUGAAUGGUUGAUAAGAUCAGUCUCUAUUUUUAAUUGUGUGAUAAUUCGUUUUAUGAUGUACACUACUGGGCCACCACCAGCUUUGUUUUAAAAUUUAAAGAGUUUCGUUGCAAAAUGAGAUAACCACCGUUUUUUUAAUUGUUCAGAAAUCUCGUUUUUUGGUUGUGCAUUCCAAUUAAUUUCAAUGCAACUGCAGAUGGUUUGUUUUGAUUUAAACCUUCAUAACUUAAAAAAUACAGCUAAGUAGCACCAUAAAACAAAAUAAUAACAUGAUAACAUUAUAAUAAACAUGUUUUGACAAAAAUGUAAAAAAAUGGAUUUAUCUCGUUUUGCAACGAAACUCUUCAUUUGUUUAAAUGACCUUAUAUAUUUUUGUGUGUCUUUAUUACAGAAAAUACAGGAAAUAUGUACACAAAAUUAAGACAAUACAAAGUUUGAAAAACAAAGUGCACUCUAAGAAGGAUGUUUUAAUUUUUAACACAUUGUUUUGUGUUAUGCUAUUUAACACAUUAUGUGUUAUUUUAACACAUUAUGUGUCAUUUUGUGUUGAUUUUGUAUUUAUUUUGUCAAAUAAAUACAAGGGACAACACAAGAUGUGUCAAAACAACAAAAAGUGAUUUUGCAUACAAAUAUUCUGUAUUUUCUUGUUGUAUUGUAAUGAAGAGAAAUAAUUAUAUGUGGUGAUUAUACAAUUGCAAAAACAACAAAUCUAAUGGUGGCCUCCGACUUUGCCACAGUACUGUAUGUCAGUUUUCUGUGACAUUGCAUAAUACUUCCCCAUUGCAACAUUUUUUGAAAUUUCAUGAAAAUUUGAUUUAUGUGGUCUUUCUCACUCCCAUAACAUUGGUUGAAUUAACACUUAGGUAUAGAGUAGGCCUACACGAGAUCUGUAUGGAAAGCCUUGGUCUCAUUAUUAAGCCUCAUUCGUAAAAACAAACAAAAGAUUUUAUCUGUAAACCAUUCAUAAAGCCAUUCUCACUCUGUGAAUGCAACUGUUUGAAAUAAGAAUAAGUUGUGAGAGGCUUUUGAAGUGGCCAUUUACACACUGUUCAAAAUUUCACAAAUGUCAUGUAGUUUACUUUAUUGUGUCUAUAUGUUUAAUGUCCCAAUGCACUGCUCACUGAGCAUCUAUAUUUAUGCUUAGUAGGAAUGGCACUUAAACCCGUUUCUUUAAGAAAGAUUCAGUAGUUCUUCAGUGUCUCCGUGAAAGAAGCAGUUUAAGAGAAGUAAAACUGCACACAACAGUCGAUUUGAAAGUUGAUGUGACUUUAUGUAAGUUUAAGUUUGGGGUGUUUUACAUUUUUACUCUUUAUCUCAAAAUACGAUCCUAGAAGUUACAGAGUUUACAAACUGCAAUUCUGUUGUCAUUGUGAAACAAUUCAAAAUAAUCACAAAGUAUUGGUAUGAGUUCUUGUGCAUUUUUCGCUCCUUUUGAUUGGCAGGAUAUAAUCUGAUUAUCAGCUGGGCAAUUCCAUGCAAAAGUUUUUAACCAUACUGAUGUCUCAGAUGUUAAUAUUUGGGACUUUAAAUACCUAUGCAAAGUCUCUGUUAAAGUUUUUAAAGUAUUUGUUUUUAAUUAUUUUCCAUAAAGUAAGUGCAACGUUUAGAAAUGUCACAUCCAUAACAAUGUUUCUUCCUCAUAAAUGCGCAUACAAUGAAAAUAAAUAUUAAAUGUUCUCUGAAGAGUUGUCACUUUGUCAUUAGUUGGGUAUUAUUGCUUCUGGUUUGUGCAUUGUAAUUUACAGAAUUCCUAUAAAAUAUAAUGUCUCCAACACAGAAAGUCGUGUUAUAGACGUUUCAUAGGACGCACGUGCAGUGCACGAUACGCGUCUGGUCCAUACUUUACUUCCGGUUUCAGGUUUUUUUAAUGCUCUGACUAACUGCUAAACUCUUGAAGAAAUACCUCGUCGAAAAUAACAAAUGUUUUGGUUUCCUAGGUAAUCUACGUGUUGUUUAUUUUGCUUGUUAUAUAAAUAAACUAUGUUUAAAGUACUUUGUUGUUAUUUAUUUUUAGCGGAGUUUUCCGGAAGUUACGUGUUGACCACGAAAGCCGCUUGUUU